AAUUGCAAUUGUGUAUAGACUGAUACACCGUUAUAUAUAAGAAUAUAAAUAAGCUAUAUAGCAGAUCUGCUAUUUUGUUGCUGAACGAUGGGAACAAAAAUGAAUUUGAUUUAUGUUGUGCCAUUUCUAUUUCUCGCAGUUGUAGGUAGUGACGAAAUAUCUGAGCCGGAAAAAGAAUUCAGGAAAUGCCGCGAUGUUCUAGACAAUGUAGCUUCGACAAAUUGUCAACGUGCACUAAAUAUUCACUUGUGCACUAAAAUGCUCAAUGGGCGAAUAGGAAGUCGUGGAAAACAAGAACUUGAUCGUCUGAAAUGCAAGAAAGAAAUUAACAUUUGUGGAAUAAAAGACAUUCGGACUUGUAAACAAUUAAAGCAAAACGAUUUAUGCAGUUACCUUGAAGGAAUGAAAAAUUGUUUAUAUCAACAAGAGUGUACCGAGCAUUAUAAACUGUUGGACAAGCACUACACCGAUAGCUGCCUUAAAACUCCCUGUCACACGAACAAUGUAGACAAUUGUAAGAUCCAAAUUACAGAGCCAAAAACAAAGUCAACAGAAACUAUGUGUCCGCAUCUGGAUAGCAUAUAUACAUGCGUUUUGAGUAAUGGAAGAUGUAAAAUGCCAUCUGACUGGCAGAAAAAAUACAGUCAAUAUGCUUGCGAAUCGCUUUGUUAUAAAAUUCCAAAACCAAGUUUGACUGGUUUGAAAGAAAAACAGAAAUGCGAUAAAUUGAACAGCUUUAAGUCAGCUUUAGACGGUUAUAAUUGCAAGAUACCAAAGGACGUCGAAAAAGAAUACAAGUCUUCACAAUGUGACAUUCGUUGCAACAACGCCAGAUCGUGCACCACAAAGAAUAACCCAGAUGGUAGUAGAGAUGAAAUGUGCAGAACAAUAUCAUUUAUGUCUAAAUGUAAGGAAGAUGCUAAAUGUCCUAUACCACAGAUUAUUCAUGAUUUAUACGCUCUUUAUGAGUGUGGUACCAGUUGCGAUGGUAAGGUAUUGAGUGAGUGUGUGGCUUCUUUAAAACGGCCAUUCAACAGCACAAGGGAAGAGCUAUGCGGAUAUUUUAGAGAAGAAGGCAAAUGUAAUGAAGCGGCCAAUUGUAAGUUGGCAGAAAAGUAUAUGAAACUUAUGGAAUGUAGUGGCGCUGCAAAUCAGAAUACAGUGUUCGCCAUCAUAUUUUCGUUUUUAUUAGCAGUUCAGAUGCUAGAGAAAUAUAUUUCUCUUUCUUAAAGAUGAAUGUUAUUGAUAACAAGAAAUAUAUAUACAAUCAUAUAUAUAUACAAGCAUAGAUUUUUACACUUACGCAUCACUUUCGCAUAACUAUAAAUAUAAACAAUUAGAUUUUACAUAACCGUUAUCUCAUCAGUUGUUACAAGCUUCGACAUGUUCAACUGCAAACUUACUUUUUCGAUGUUAUUAAUAUUUGCUGAAAAAUAUCUUUCACAUUCUUUAACAUGUUUUGCUAUAAAAUAAAUUUACUAAUAAAUAUGAACAACCCUUCAUACCUUUGCUAGAAAUGUUUUGACCUAUUGAAUAAAUUAAUAUUUGCUGCUAAAAUUGUUUGAACAUUAAUUGAAUUAGCUCUCCCAACUUAGGACAGCAUUAUAUUGUUAUUAUUCAACAUCUAUAACAAGCCAUUUAGAAUUAAAAGAAAAUAAAUUUAUUAUUAUCUUGUCCAAAUCGGAGGAAAAAUGUCUAAACCAUCCACUUCAUGGAUCUUCAGACGAUGAUCAAUAUGUUUGCAUUGAUCUAUGCACAGAAUGUUUCUAAUUCGAUCACUAAAAAAUUCUGAACCAUUUUCUUUAAAUCUAUUUUCACAUGUAAUGAUUAAUAAAAAAUGUCAUAAAUUACACAAUGUAACA